UGAAGUUACCAGUCCAGAGGAGCUUUUGAGCAAGGAAUUGUGUGGAUGGUGUUGUCUGGAUUGUAGAUCCCAUUGUCAUCCUUAUCAUGAAUGUUUAUGAAAUUCCACCAGAAAAUAAGAUGUCUCUUCCAAAAAUCCAGAUUGAAGAAAUGCUGGACAGUGUGGAUUAUGAGACUGGAGAUGGACCUCCUUCUGACGACCACCUGAGGAAUCUGAAAGCUCUGACAGAGAAACUGAGACUGGAGACCAGGAGGCCUUCCUAUUUGGAGUGGAAGGCCAAACUAGAAAAGCUGACAUGGAAGAGCCACCCCCAACCCCCUGAGGAAGCUGAGGAAAGCCAAGGCAGGAAGGUGCCAGAGGAAAGUACACCUAUUCAAGAGGUGCAGGUACAUAUCAAUGGGACCUCUUCCAAAGAGCAAGUGACAUUCUCCUCAAGAAAAAUCAGUGGCUUUGAGAACAUUGAUGAAGCUUUAAAUUGGCUAAGGAAAGAACUGAUGGAAAUGCGUCUCCAGGACCAGCAGCUGGCUCGGCAGCUUAUGCGCUUGCGCAGUGAUAUCAAUAAGCUCAAGAUCGAGCAGACAUGCCACCUCCACCGGCGUAUGCUGAACGAUGCCACCUACGAGUUGGAGGAGAGGGAUGAGCUCUCAGACCUCCUCUGUGACUUCCCACUGACCUCCUCCUUCAGCCUCUCCACCCCGCUCAAGCUCAUUGGUGUAACAAAGAUGAACAUCAACUCCCGGAGGUUCUCGCUUUGUUAGAGGGAGGGGGGUUGAGUGCAAGAAGGGGGCCUGGUGGGAGGAACUCAUCAAAGAGAGGCUCCUUGUUGCUUUGUGUAGCUGGGAGGCUGAUGAGGGAGCAGCAAAAAAUGAGGGAAGACAGAGAGGAAUUCACAACCAUUCUUCCACCAAGCCAAUAUGGCUGGGGAAUGGAGAUGGUAAAGAUCUUAGGAUGGGCAGAGAAGGAGAACAACAUGGCACUUAAGGAUCAAUGCUAGAGACACAUGAUCUUGCAGUCAAAAAUAUGCUCAUGACUGCCCUGGAAGAAGUGUGUAAGAGA